UCAUUUUAUUUGAAGCAAAGAAAAGGAGAGCAAAUGUAAACAUUGAAAAAUACUCAGAGCUUUUUGGUUUACUUUAUAUUUAAAUUUUUGGUUUUUGGUUUAUGUUUAUACGUAUUUAUACGUGUAGAUUACACGUAUUAACAGAUUGUAAAAAGACAUAUUUAAAGAAAUGGCAUUGCCUUUUCAGUAUCCUGAAUUUAAAGAAAUGCCAAUGCCACAGCCUUUUUACCCAUCAGUCAGCAAUGGUAAUAUGCAUUCAAAUACUUAUAUGUAUGAGCAGACAUCUUAUAUGAUACAGUCGUCGUUGGCAACUGAAGAAAGUAAUGAUAUGGAAGAAAUAGUUAAAAAUUUAAUGAUUUUAAUGAAUAAUGCCACCAAAGAAGAAUUACAACAAGUUUUAGAUAAUGAAGAUAAAGUAAAUGAGCUUAUUCAAGAUGCUGAACAGACAAAGAAAUUAAGAAGAAAACUUAAAGAUUUAUUACAGCUGAACAAAGACCUUGCUGUUACAAACACAUCCAUGCAACCAGAGUUUGAAAUAACGAAGGAGAAUUUGUUAUCUUUGGUCAAAGAACAAAAAGAAUUAAGAGACAAAUAUGACUUCAUUUAUCAAAAAAUAGCUUCUAAAUUAUCUCUUGAUAGCACUCUCUCAAUAUUGCAUGCAGCAACAGCUGAAAAAGAGUCUGAAUCUGAGGAAACAUCUUCAGCAUUGCUGAAUAAGAAUAUAAAUGUUGAUGAAUUUAUCGAACAGUUUAUUCCGAAACGUAAACAUUAUCAUUUGCGAAAAAUUAAAGCUGAAAAACUUUCACAAAUUCUUCAAAAAAGAUCAAACAGAUCAUUUCCUGUGCCCCCACCUCGCCUAUUUGUAAAUAACGGUUAUGGAGGUUAUUAAACUUUUUUUUUUUAUUGUGAUGGCAUUAUAUAUUUUUGCUGCAAACUUGGUAGCAACCUUAAAUAUAACAUAAACCGUUUGCAAGUAGAAGUUGUGGUGUUUUAAAAAUUAUUUUAUUUGAAUUUUGUAUGCAUAAUAUGUUAUUUCAUAAGUGUAUGUUUAUUUAUUAAAUAAACAUAGUUUUAUAAGAAUUUAUUGUUAUGUGACUUAAUAAAUUUUUUUUUUUUUAAUACAACUUUUUUUUAAUUUUAUGUUAAAGAUUAUUUUAUGUUUUAUGCUUCA